AUGGCUACGACCAGCGCAGCCGAGCCGGACGACCCCGUUGUUGCAGCAGCAGCAGCAGUGACCGCGCCCGAGAGCAGUGCGGCCGUCGAGGCUGCGCUAGAAGCCCGUGUGGUGACGCACUGUCGCGCCCAUACGACGUCGGCGGCCGCUACUGCUUUGACCGAGGAGCAAGAUCUAGUCGCAGCCUUUCUCGCCGCGCCUCGUGGAACCCAACGUGUUUUGGUACAGCGACUUUUAGCCAAUGACACGCUGGAAAACUUUUCGUCGCUAUUGUCAUUUUUGCUGCGCGUCAUUAUCGCUGCCCAUGCGACGUCCCACGACGCGCAGGCCGACGGUAGCGUCGUGUGCAGCGUCCAGUCGCCGCUGCAAGAGUCGGAGGUGAUCGGUGACGCGUCCAGCCAUACUGCAAUCCACUCGGAGCAGUUCGCGAGCUUUUCUGCGUGCGUAGCGACGCAUUACGGGAGUGUGAAGCGUCUCAAGUGCGAAGAAGUGUGGCACGGCGACCAUAUGGCCUACCGCUGUCGUACGUGUGGUCUCUCGGACUCGAGCUGCAUGUGUUUAGCGUGUUUCGACCCGGAGCAGCACGAGGGGCACGACUAUCGCGUGUACCGCUGUUCUUCUGGUGGCUGUUGUGACUGUGGCGACGCGCUGGCGUGGAAACCGCAGGGCUUUUGCAAGAAACAUUGGGCUGGAAACGACGACUCAAGUGGAUGCGGGGUCAAGCGCUCGUGGACGAUGGACAUGGGCGCAGAAGAGCACGCAGUGGUGCAGAUGCUGGUCAGGAAAAGCAUGGAGUUUUGUGUCGAGACGCUGAGACUAGUGUACGCUGUGUGCUUGAAGCCGCGCGCGAGUGACCGGGCGGCGUCACGCAAGGGACUGCCUCGAACUGGUGUGCUGCGUGCAGCUCUCACGCCACGAGCCAAGGUGUACGUGGACAGAAUGCAAGAGACACUGAAGUGGCUGCAAAUGUUGUCGAUGAGCUGUCUACAGUAUCGGGAAAUCAUAUCUGGUAUGUUCUUUGAAGAGUUACCAGCGGAGUAUCAUUUGGACGCCGUUGUUGUGUCUGCUCGAACGGUUGCGAGCACAACCGAGACUUGUUAUCGGGAAGAGGAGUCUGAGGAAGGACCGGUCGACACAAUGCCAAUAAGUGACGAAUCGGGGGAUGAAAAAGUGGAAGAAGAGGCGAUUGUGCAUGAACCGCUGCUGAUGCUCGAUGUGUUUCUCAAAGCAGGAGUGUUGCUUCCGGUCGAGACGUGUGAUGUGCUUGGCGUGCUAUACCUGAAACUGUUGUUUGACCAAUCGUUCAAGCAGAUGUACACAUGCCACUUUGUGGAGUGGUAUCCGUACUUUAUUGAGCUUUACUUGGCUGCUAGCGAUGCGAACAACGAGGAUGGUAUGCAAAACCUGUCUCGAUUCAUUGACCGCCUCUUCUGUCAGCUUUUUCACAGUAACGCGCAAUUGCGCGAACUAGAAAGUGUCUUCGCGUCGAUGCGGCAAAGUUAUAAGGGCGUACACAAAGACCAGAGAAGCCGUGGUCACCGACGACGACGGCGGCGUCACGAUCACGCCUAUGGCGUCGCUGCCGUAGCAACCGAUUUGACGCCGUCAUCCUGUGUCGAGUGGUUGAUGGUGUUCUUACUGAAUAAGCUCAACGAUUUGUUUCGAAGUACUCUCCGGACAAUGACUGUCCUGCCCCAGCCUUCCAUCGGUGGAGGCCCACCUGUCAGUGGCAGCACAAAUGGGAGUAGCGCCUCCACUGUGGGCACAGAAAAUGAACUAGAGGCUCGGCCAGUUUUAUGGACCGUCCAUACGGUGGACUGCGGGCGGAGUGUGUACAAGAAACGGAUCUACGCUCGAUUGUGCUCCGAUCUACGAACGUUGUUGGUGCAUCCACAGAUCGCAGCAGAAGUAUUGCUGAGGUCUUUUUGCUGCAUUGGUGGAGACGACUGUGCUCUUCACGAGGCAUCAGUGUUCGCGCAGCUCAUGAAAAGCUUUGAGCUACUUCAGCAAAUGGAUUUGCAGACUCGUCACGUCCACCGGCAUAUCGAGUACGAGUCGCAGAACUGGACAUAUGCUUUUGUGGCAGACUACGAGCUCAAACUGCUGCUUGGCGCUUUUCUUACAGGCGUUCCCGCGUGCUUUUCGCGUGAGGUGUGGCAGACUAUUGCGGCAGAUGACAGUAUGUGGAAUCGAAGAGCGAUGGGAGUGAGUACGGAUAGUGCGAGGUUGAAUCCGCUGGAAGUAGCCACUUUCCGACCCGUUGUACUGGCUCGAGCGAUUUUACAGCCUGUACGGGCAGCGUUGGUGCAGUGGGUUCACUGCAACGGAGUACCCGAAUUCAAACCAGAAACAGCAGAGUCUCAUGCUCCGUCCGCUAGUCAUGGUGAAACAGCGACAGCGACAGCGACGGAGGUGACCGCUCAGCUUGUGAAAUACUACGAGGAGGGAACAGUAGCUUUGUACGGCGCUAGCGCAAAGAGUUUUCACUUUCCGCUCAACCAGAUGUACGCAGCGCUAAUUCACGCUCUAUGCGGUGUGGUGCGUCCUCAGACGUUGGACGAUUGGCGCGAGUUGCUCGGCAUGGGAUGUACAGAUACGGCAAAACAAAAGGACUUGGCGUUUUGGUAUAGCGCGCUGGAUCACCCGCUCCGUGUGCUGCUUUUUUCGAGAGAAAUCAAAGCGGGUCUUUGGACGCGAAAUGGUGGCGUGAUGCUGCAGCAGUUGGUUCAUUAUCAUUCGAAACACUGGCGGUUCUUCGGUCUGCACUCCGACCUGUUUCUUUGCCAACUGGGGGCUAGUCUACUUCCACACGGAAGCUUUACGCGCCUUUUCUUUCACCAGUUGCCGUUUGGAAUCCGCGAUUCAUCGGUGCUGGGACUUAGCUCGCUGGAUAUACAAACAGAUGCCAGCGUUGCCGCUGCCGAUCGCGUUCGUGCGCUUCGCCAGGAGCUAGAUAUUGUCGAGGAAGCGUUGCGCCUUCUACUUCAGCUUGUGCUCGCGCCCGUCAAGUUGGCGUCUGCAAGCUCACCCGAAACAGCUGCAGUGUGGCUACUUGAGCGCGAGAUCAUGCAUUGGUUGACGCUGGGCUCGUUCACGCGUAGCGAGGUGAUCAUGCGCACUGAUAUGAAGUUGGUCGAGCAGAUCAAGCAACUUCCAGCGCACGAGUGGGCCGAGCUGGAGGAAGAGGAAAUUCUCACGCACGUGUUAGAGAACGUAGGUGUGUAUGAUGAGCCUGCUGGAAGCAGCAGUGGCUCUCGUACUACCCGAAGUGGCAGUCUACAAGGAUAUGGACUCAAGAUGAGUGUGGUGUGGAAAUUGAAGCCUGAGUUGUGGUCUCAUGUAUCUCCGCAGUUUGAGUGUUUUACGCCAUCAGAAGCACAGCAAUGCGAACAGAACAUCCGCAAGAAUCUGCCCAAAUCGAAUGACCGAGACAACGUCUUGACGACAUCAAUCGUCCUGCCUACAUUGCCACGCCCACGAUCCGAAGAAGAGAAUUGCGUUGACAUGCAUUCCGUGAUUGCCAAAACGAUGUUGAACUCGUCGUACAUGGCCAGCGCUUUGUUCGUCAUCUUUGAGAACUACAAGCGAAAAACAGUCGCAUUGGGCCAACUUGAGCACGGUGGAAGCAAAGAUCAGGACAGAUCGGGUUCGUGCACCACCGAGAAUCUCUUGCUCGCAGCGCUGCAUUGUCUAUACGUGGCAGUCGAGAUGCUCCCCAAAGAGAUUCAGGAUCAUCACCUGGCAGUACCUAGAGUUUGUCACGACACUAGCUGCAAACGGAAUCUAGACGACAUUGCCAGCUGCUACGAUGAAGAGAGCAGUCUAUUUGUCAAACUUCGCACCGACAUACCCACAGAAUCCACGCACCACGGCGUGAACAAAGUAGCGAGUGCAAGUGUGCUGUCGCUGCUGUUCUUUCUUGCUGAGCAAAAAAACGGUGUAGAUGACUCGCGUGCUGUGGUGAACCUGAUCCUGAGAUCAGUACGUGACAAGUCGCCAGCAUGUGCGCUGUGUUUGGAUGCAACGAUGCGCGCAAAACUGGACAUCCAAGCUCAAGAACGUGCUAGUGGCUCCCGUCCUGACAGCUCUAGCCGAUUCACCAGCGACAACAAUAUGGAUGACAAGCAACCAAAGCCCAAUGCAAAAGAGAUGAUGAGAAGACGGCAGCAGCAAAUAUUGGAAAAAAUGCGGUUGCAGCAGAUGCAGUUCCUGUCGUCCAGCAGCAGUGUAGCAGAAGACGGCAAUUGUGAGCGUACGGAUAAUGAUACUAAAGACCAUGGCAUGGAGGUGGACACUGAUAGCGACGACUACGACGAAGCAAUGGAGUCUGAUGAUGAAAUGGAUGAAGACCAUGGAGAGGAAGAUGAGUGGGGAUUCCCGACUGGUCAGCUCAACGUGUCUUUGUAUCUGGACCACGUUUCGUCAGCGAUCGCUCAGAUGAGGGAAAAUCAUCGAAGAUGUCACGGUUGGAGACGGCGACGGAGGCGGAGUACUCGGACAUCGUCAAUGUCCGUGGAAAACGACCAGGUGGGGCGAUCACCUUCCGCGGGUUAUGACCACGGCUUAGUUGACGAUCAUUCGUCUCAGGCUGAAGAGUGUGGUCUCUGCCGCUUGUCGUGUGACCCGCGCUCUCGUGAAUCGUCAUUUGGUUUCGUGGGUAUGAUUUUGCCGACGAACAUGCUACAGAAAGUUGAACAAGUCUCGCCCCACAGCUCUGGUCAAGACGUCCGUCCUCUAACACCUCCGUGUUUGCCUUCACGCCGCGUGCUAAAACCCGGAACAACUGAGGAGAUGCGCAUGCAGCUCGCGGAUAGUGUGAUCUGGAGUUGUGGCCACGCAAUCCACCACUCGUGCUUAAAGGCUUAUCUUGUGUCGCUGUGGGAACAAAAGCACGGCCGUGGUCCCGUGGAACUGACAAGUGGUGACGAUCGCUUGCUCAGCAAGCGUGAUAUGGAGUUCGUGUGUCCCAUUUGUCGCCGGCUUUCCAAUUGUCUGGUUCCGUGCGUUUCCUUGGGAGCACUUCGCGAGCAAGCAUCAGCUACUGAGUUUGUGAAGACGGGAUUCGGAUCGGAAGAGGAAGAAGAGGAAAAGCAAGACGACGGACAGGAUCCACUGGCGUUCCUUCAGUGGCUGGACACGCAAAUGAGUUUUCGCGACGACUCGCCAGUUGUCAAGCGACGCCGUUCGCGGACGCAGUCAAGUUUGCGUUUGAGGCGACGUCUGCUGUCAUCUACGCUGAAAUCGUCGUUGUCCCCCGAGUCAGUGUCGUCUGCUGGCCGUACUUUGUCUUGCGGCGAGCAUGAGUCGCCUCAGCAAGAUAUGAGCGUCGAGCGCGAGAUCAGCGCCUUUUGCCACGAAAUUGUGUUGCGUUGCGUGCGCGCUCAGUUGUACCUACCGACGCUUCUGACAAGUUCCAUUCGUGAUGAAGGCAGCUUGGACUUGGAAAUGCAGCAACUAAGCGCCGAGUGCGGUGCGCAGACUCCUGCAUGGCAACUGUUGUUGCAUUGUUUGGAGGUGCAGUUAUGUGUGGUGGCGCGGGAGAAAAUGCUGUUGCAGACGGAUGCUGUCGACCCGUUGCAGCUCCGGUCGAUGCGCCAGCUUGCAGACUUGACAGCAGUUGCAGUAGCCUUUUCUUCACCGAGCUCACUGGCUUGGACAGCGGUCGAAGCGCCAGCUGAGCAGCAAUUCGAGAGCAUCAUGACACGACUGAAUGGACUGAUAUUUGGCCAGCAAGUGCUGUUCGAAGAAGACGACGAGGCAUGCCGUGCCGAGUGGAACCGUUUCGGUUCCCUGCAAAGCGGUGACUUGGCGGACACGACGGACGCAGCUUUAGUCGGGACGCCCAUACUGUGUCAUCCGCGACUACUCACGUGUUUUGCACUGCGGUUGAUGUGGAGACAGAGCAUUGCGACUCCCAGCGCGGACGUCGCAGCAGAACAGCUGCUCACAGAAGCGUUCUUCUCGGCCCGUGUGUUGUUCACAGCCCAGGUGUUGCAGUCGCUUGCCCAUCUCUCGACGCAAGAUGACCAGCUAUUGUCAACUGAUGACGCAGGAGCUGACGAAGAAACGAGUGGCAAGGGUGUUCCGGCGGAGGAGAUCCGCGACUUUGAUGAUGUCGAGUCGCUUCGCGACGCCUCUGCGUGGAUUUCGUCGAUGCUCGUGCGGUCUCGCUUAGUGGAUAGCAAAUUGGCUGUGACGUCUCACGCGACUUUGCAACGAAAAUGGAAUAGCACUGCGAUGGAAGAACGAGUGAGCAUGCUGUGCUUACCACUCGCGCAGCAGAUGCUCCUGCUCAUGGACGUCAUGUUGCCUGUAUCCCACCACCAUCACAACGAAAGUCAAGGCUGUGGCGAGUCCAUAUCGCCGCAAGUUGUCUCCGAGUCGUGUGCCGUGUGUGACGGACUGUUUCCUUCGGCAUCGACAGCAACCGGGACUCCUUCGGCGUCUGCGUUGCUCGACAAGUGUCUGCGGAGACUCCACUUGCCCCCUUUGAGACUGUUUUUCCAUCAGCAAAUGCUCCCGUCAAGUCAGCGCGCGUUAUGUCAGCUCUGGGGCGCGCAGCUCGAAGCAAAGGCUGCCGUUUCUCGACAGCAAGCUCGCUCUCGAGUGCUGGUGACUGGCGCUUCUUCUACUCAAGUUGAUGCGUUCCCGCUACAGCGGCACGUGGUGCUUCUCUCGUCUCGAGCGACCGCCGCCAGAGCAAAGUACCGCAUGUUCGUUCCGUUGCCGCGUCUGUACAUGGAUCUGUUUAUCCGGUACAACGAGAAGCCCACGGGAGUCUGCCACCAGUGCGCUCAGGUGCCUCAGCAUCCAGGACUGUGUCUCUUUUGUGGUGAAGUGCUGUGCUGUUUCUCGGCGUGCUGCGAGGCCAAAGAAGGAGGUGGCGUGGGUGAAUGUACUCGGCACGCUCAGCAGUGCGGCCUUGGUUUAGGCGCUUUCUUGCUCCUGCGUGCGUGCACCGUGAUCCUUUUCUUUGGCAAUGAGAGACGCUGCGUAUGGGGUAGUCUUUACGUGGACAAGAAUGGCGAAGAAGACCCAUACCUUCGUCGCGGCAAGACGUUGUACCUCGAUCCAAGUCGUCGCUUGGCGCUCGAGACGCUGCUGGUCUCGCACGGCUUCUCGCAGAAUACUGCCAUUUUGCAAAACACAUCGAGACGAGAUGGGCGUCGGUAUUGA